AUGUCCAGUGAAGAGACUGAAGAACUACCAGACUUUGAUUCAUGGUCAAUAUUCCAAGGAUCUUUAUCCCUAGAGAAUAAAGGUUCUGUAGCUCGUGAUCAUAUGGCAAGCGAAAGAACCUUUUUGGCUUGGUUAAGAACUUCAUUAUCAUUUAUCACUAUCGGUAUUGGUAUUACCCAAUUAUUCAAAUUACUGAAUAAAACUAAAGUUAAGAUAAACGAUUCUAUUCUCCAAUUGAGUGGUAAUUCAUUGAUUAGAGGUGAAGUGGAUGAUCACGAAAUAAUAGGUAAAGCUUUAGGUGCUAUUUUCAUUCUAAUUGGUAUAAUAACAUUAUUAUUUGGUUUCGUAAGAUUCUUUAAAGUGCAGCAUCUCCUAACUGUAGGUUAUUAUCCCGCCACAAGAAGUUCUUUGGGUAAAGUUCACGGUUCUUUAGCUCGUGCUGGUAAAGUUAAAUCACAAACUCCAAAAGUUGACAAACAAGAAAAACCAAAAAAACCAAAAGGUAGAGCUUACAAAAGAUUAUUGUACACCAGAAGAUUCGUCAAUGUUACUUUAACCAACGGUAAAAGAAAAAUGAACAGUAAUUCUGCUUAA